AUGGAUAAAAAAAGUAAUGAACAAUGGGCUUGUAGCUUCACAAAAGUAAAAGCUGUUGUUGUUCAGCUUGAUGAACUUAUUUCUCGAAUUACAACUGAUCAUAACAUCCAGAAAACGAUGGAAGAGCCAUUGUCAUCCGAUUUUAGUACUACACAUGCUGACGCAGGAAAGCUUGACAAUGUCGACGAUGAUGAAGUAUUAAAAUUCGCCAAGAAUGAAAUAAUACACGCUCUUGACUUGGACGGAUAUGAAAAAAAAGAUAAAAUUAUAAAUGAUUUGUUAGAAUAUGGUCGACAAUCGUUGUCUAAGUAUGAGGAAGACCUUCUACCAGACAUCUAUGAAGCAGCAAUAAAUGAAAACGAUGGCAACCUGAUGAAAUCUCUGAAAAAAUACUUUGAACAACAAUUGGAAGUAAAAUAUGGUUCUUCAAAUGGAUGGUUUAUCUUAUUUUUAAAAGAAUAUAAAGAUGCUGUGAAUUAUGAUUCUGUUCUGAAACGUACAGCUGAAUAUGGCAAUAAAUACUUGAAAGAUUGCCCAAUCUUAUCAAUUAUUUUGCAACUUCUAUUUGAAGGUAUUGAUGAUACAUGUAUGGAUGAAACAAAUGUAUUCAAUGAUCUAUGGUGUACAAUAACUAAUAAUGGUUUAAAAUCUAUAGAAAAUGUUUCUGAUAAUAAAAAGCGAUCAGUGUUAUUUCAAGGUUUACGUGAAUACUAUCGUCCAAAAUUAUUUGAAUUAUUGGGAAAAAUUAAAAUUCCAGAUAAAGACAAUUUGUAUGAAUUAGCAUUAGAUAAUGUUGCUGAAUAUGGUUGGUUACAAGGUUUACAAGCAGUUAAAAAGAGAAUAAUACCGAGAGUUUUUAAAACAUUACUAGACAAUAUUCCUGUGUCUAGCGAUACAUCUGGAAAGCAAGGUAAACUUGAUUUAAUUGAACACCUUGUUUGUUCAUCCCUUUAA